AUGAACUGUGAAUACAAAUGGUACAACUCUUGCAAGAAGAAUCAUUAUUUCCUAUGUGGUGGAGUAGCUGUGGGAAAAACAACUGUAAUGAAAGAACUGUGUAACAUUAUUAAGACGAGAGUGAAAACAUGUUUUAUCAAAGAAUACAUCGACUUAGAUUUCAUGGGAGAAUCUUUAUUACAACGACUGAAAGAAGGAAAGAUGUCGAAUUUUGAAUUCCAAUCCUAUGUAUUGAAUUGCUUUGAAACUCAGUUACGUUCAAAAGAAUAUUCAGAAGCAGUAAUAGUCGUUUGGGAAAGACAUCCUGAAGAAGCACUUAAAAUUUUCUGUUCAAGCCCCAACGCAUUAACUAUUUCAGAGAGAUACGGAUUAUUAGAAAAACUUGCAAAACUAAAGAAAACAUUUGACAUACCAGAAAUUUCAGACGACACUUCUUAUUUAUUUAAGAUAAACACUUAUUAUUAUGGACCAAGAUAUAUAGCAGAAUCGAUUUAUACCCAACAAAUGAUACCAAGAAUAUUUGAUAAAGGAAAGUCCAAUUAUUUCUAUUUGUUAUACUGCGAUCCAGUAGAAGAACAGUUAAAGAGAAUAAAAACGAGAGGCAGAAAAGUUGAAAUAGCAACUUAUAAAAACGUCUUUGAUUUGGCACCAAUCAACGAUGCUUAUGAAGAUUUAUUCGAUACGGUACUCUUCUUAAAGGGACAAAACGAAGACGGACAAGCGGAAUAA